AUGGCGGCCCCCGGGGUGGAGGCGCGGGCGCUGUUCGCGGAGGGGGUGCGGGCCGUGCUGGGGGGGUGGGCGGCGCUGCAGCUGGCGGUGGCGCAGGGCUUCGGGGGCCCGCAGGGUCCCGAAAAGGCCGCGUGGCUCAGCUCGGCGCUGCUCGACUUCUUCGCGCAGAACGCUGACCUGGAGCAGGAGGAGGUGGAGGAUUUCCUGGCCGAGGUGAUGGACAACGAGUUCGACACGGUGGUGGAGGACGGCAGCCUGCAGCAGGUGAGCCGGGAGCUGCUGAGCCUUUUUGCCCGGGCACGGGGGGGGGACGUUGGGGGGGUGGGGGCGGCCCUGGGGGCUCUGGCCCGGCGUGGCCCCGCCCUGGCCGCCGCCCUGGCCACCGCCCGCCCGGGGGGAGACCCCCAGAGCCCCCCCGGGACCCCCCCCACAGCCCCCCGGAGCCCCCCGGAGCGAGGGGAGGAGGAGGAAGAGGAGGAGAGCGGCGAGGAAGAGGAGGAGGCCAUGGAGUGCGGGACACCCCCGCCCCCCUCGGACGGCUGGACCGUGGUGCAGCGGCGGCGGCGGCGAUGAUGGGGGGAGGGGUGUCCUGUGUGUCCCCCCCCCAGCUUGGGGGACACCCCUCCCCCACCCUGCUCCCCAAACUGGGGGGGAAUAAAGGCCCCUCCCCCUAUGGGGGUGUGGGAAGAGGAGUCGUGUGAUUAUUAAAGGGAGAGGCCGCUUGGAGAGCCCCUGGCCCCAC